AUGCCCUCCUGCUCUUAUGCUUCCGCUUUUCUCAACGCCUCUCAUGGCGAAACCAACAUCUGGCUCAACGAACGUUGGCAAGAGAUCACUCACGUCACCGGCACACCUUGGGAGGUCUCCGACAAUCUCGCUGACGACGCUCGUGCUCCCUUCAACGCUUCUUGGACCGCCAAGGAGGCCCGCGCGGUCGCGGUGUUCGCCAAACACCACCUCGGCCUUGCCUCUGAGGGCGCCGCCGCUCAGGACAAGUUUUUGAAGAAAACCCUCGAUGCAGACUCUGUCGGCCGCGAUCUCUGGAUGAACUGGAUCGCCAAGGGUGUGGUCUCAUGGCGCCUCAACAGUAUUGUCGACCAGGCUCUCAAGUCUAUUUCCAUGGACCCGAAGUCGGUUAUUCAACGGGUUGGCACUCGCUAUCUCCCGAUACUCAACGAAGCGCAAGCAAUGGAUCCCGGCCGCAAGGCUAUCGCGUUCGAGUUGCUUGGUGAAGCCGCCUUCGACAACGAAGUCCACUACCUCAAAAACAAAUAUAUAUCAUUCUUCAGCAGUCUCAUGGUGGGCGCCUGGAGUCGACAUCGCAAGAUGAACAAGCGGGACGUCGACACCCUUGGCAAAGACAUUAACAACGUCAACUACAUGUGGACUAAUAUGACGAAGCCUGGCGCGAUGGAACCAACCCUCCCCCAGAUUACUUCAUUCAUGAAGCAGGCGAAGAAGCUCGUUGAAAGGCUCUCUUUCUAUGGAGACGCGGAGUCCGCUCAGCUGCAGACGGAGCGUCUGGCUCAGAUCACACAGAUGGGCUGGGCCGCCGUCAAGGACGAGAAGCAUAUCGAUGAAAUCAAAAAACUACCCAAGGUUAUUCGCGACGCGCUCCAAAAGCUCGCCAGCAAGAGCGAUAUCGACAAGGUCAACUCGAUCACGCUGCAGACGAUCGAGAUGCUCGACGCGAGCGAAGAAGAGAUCGACAUCGACUUCAACGACACCGUCCCCCUUAUCGACUGGUCCGAAGGGACCGAAAACUAUCACCACAUGACGAGCCGAGAGAUCCUCACCGCUCUAGGCUGCGGCGAGACUCUCCCGUACUUCCAAUCUCGAGUCGACUACAACGACUCGGUCAACCCACAGACGCCCGCCGGUCAAGCAUAUCUCGACGAUCCCGACAAUUUGGAACGAACCGAGCUUCUCGUGCCCGCAUGGCAUCAACUCGUCGGCAUUUACAAGAUGGUCGAUAAGACGUUCGACGACGGCGGGUCGCAGCUGUUGAUGGAUAGCGUCGGCGUCGGGAAGACGAUGCAAGUCGUCGGGUACUUUUGUGUACUCGCGUAUUUUCGCGAGUACUUCGCCACGACGGGGCACUUCCCUGGCGUCUUCAAGGAUCACAAAUGCACGUCCACCGGUGGGAACCUACCCGACCUUCCCUUCCUCGUCGUCGUUCCGUCCAGCUUGCUUUACCAAUGGAAGACCGAGUUGGGCCGUUACUUGCGAUUCGGCGCGUUCGACAUCUUGCCGUACACGGGCACCUUGCCCAACCGCAGAGAUUGGUGGAAUACCGUCAUGAAGACUAGCCAACAGGGUAAAGACAGCAAAAAAAUCAUACUCGCAACAUCUCCGGCUAUUCAAGACGACGCCAAGCGACGGUUUGAACCCGGCGUGAAGAAGAACGUGUUCGUUCCGAGGCCGCUGCCGUAUUACAUUGAAAUGGCGAAGAACGGCACUGUCUAUACUCGGCGAUUCCUGGGCGUCGCCGUCGACGAACUCCACGCUGCGCGCCGCAGCACUAACAAAACUCAUAUGGCAUAUCGCGCGCUGCGCCCUCUCGCUCACGGUUUCAUCGGAAUGACUGCAACCCCCAUCACGACUUCACCUGUGGAUCUUUGGUCCCUUGGCCAAAUCUUGGACUUGAACGGCUACGACGACGUUGACACCCUCGCCGACAUGGAUCGCGAACUCCGUCGCGCGGCUCGCAUCGAGCGGAACAACAGCGUCGCUGCCGGCAAGAAGGGUGCGCCCGGUCGAGCGUACUUGGUUGGCCUGGCAGAGAACCCCGAUGCACCGCCGUCGGCGUACGAGCCCGUCAUGCUCAAGUGGGUGAAGAAAAUGCGCGAGGAUUUUGCGGACGUCAUCAUUCGGCGGACCAUUGACUCAGUCAACCCUCACACCGGUCUCCCCAUUUCUGGCCUCGAACCGUGGCGAGAGCAUAUUCUUGAGCUCGAGCUAUACGAUUGGGAGCUCGAGAUCAUGCAUCGCAGAGCCGGCACCGACGUGAACAAGGGUGCUUGGGAUGCUAUCAACGUGUUAUGCGAGGCUGUCCCGUCGUGGCCGUCCAGGACGGCCACGAUGGGACGCCCCCUCCCUUGGUUGCCACUGGUGCAACGUCCACCGGUGGGCGUCCAGGACGGCCACGGUGCGACGCGCACCCUUGUCCACGCGGCCCUCCUGGGACGCACAGCCUCUGCUCGUGCCUCCCGCACCAUCCUCGCAGGGGCAAAAUUUUACCUCGAUUUUCGACGCGGCCUUAUCCACCCGCACGCCGUUAAGGAUACGGAGCCGUCGCCUAAGGCCCCCAAGUCCGAGGCAAACGCAGCGGCUACGCCUCUACCGCCAGACACCGCCAACACCUCGACAUCCGCUCGUCCCUCCGCAGCCGACUCGACGACCGUCGACAACGCGGCGAUCCCUCUUGCAUCGACAGACGUUUCACCCCUUGUCGACAUCUCCGAGACCGACCGCCAGCCAGCGGAGCAGUCUGCAAAUCCCGAUGCCGACGCUCAGUUGCCCGCGGAGGCCCUUCGGAGGGUUGAGGAGUGGAAAACCCCCGAGAGUCGUGAAGAUUGGGAGUCGUCGGAUCGGAAGUCCAUCAAACUGGACAUCCUCGUUCAAUUGGUUCUGCACCACCUCGAGCACGAUUCGGCGACUCCGCUCGCAGUCCAGGAGGACUUCCGGAGCCUUCGAGUCCGCACGGACGAGGAGGAGGAUGGUGCUCCGCGCACCGAGCCCAUCGAGGGGAAACCCGACAAGAUCAUCGUCUACUCGGGUUUCCCUUCGUCUAAUCAUAUUAUCGGCGACGUAUUCGACGUCUACGGGAUCAAGUACCUCGAGUGCAACGGGGAAGUCGACGUCAAAGACCGAGCGCCGGUUCUCGACGAGUUUCGAGCGGCGGGUCGUGACGGACCUCGCGUCCUCAUCCUCUCUGGUGCUGGCAUGUUUGGUCUCAACCUCGCCGACGCCAACAUCAUGAUAAUGGCGGAUACGUGUUGGUCAGCGCAAGACGACGAGCAACUGCGAGGUCGGAUUUAUCGCCGCCCGCAAAACAAGAUCGUUCAAGUUUAUCGCCUCAUCGCCCUCCACACACCCGACGUCUUCCUCAACACGAUUUGUUUCGGCAAGGCCAAGAUGCACGCUGCGUUCGUGAACGCGCCGACAGUUAUUCAAAACUACUUCGCGCACCAAGGCGACAGCGAGGACGCUCUGCUGUCCGUCAACGAAUCGGACAUGGAGGGUCUCGAUGACUCUGAAUCCGAGGCUGCACCGAAGUCGAAGAAGCCUUCGAAGAAGCCUUCGAAGAAGGCGGCGAAGAAGAAGGGGAAGCAAGCCGCCAAGAAGUCAAAAGGCAAGGGAAAGCAGAACGCGGACGAAUCCCCCGAGUCCGAGGAAGACGCCGCCCCGCCGCCGUCGAAACCCAAGGGAAGGAAGAAGGACGUCGGCACUGAGGGACCACUGGCACCCGCCGUCCAGAAACCGAAAGGCAAGCGCCAGCGUUCGUACACGGCCACGUCGGGUGGUGGCCCUUCGCGGAAGAAGCCAACGCAACGCAAGGCCCCCGUCAACGCUGAGAUUCACACCAGGACUAACAUGAACAAUAUUUUGGUAGGCGAGGCUAUCUAA